CUGGGAAGAGUUUUACGAUGCGUUCAUCAACAAUGAUGUUGUUUAUGGCAGUUGGGCGGAUCAUACUCUAUACUGGUGGAAUAGGCGCUUUGAAGACAAUGUCAUGUUUGUUACGUACGAGCAAAUGAAAAAGGAUCUCGCGGGAAUAGUGAGCCAGGUAGCGAGAUUUCUUGACAUAAGUCUGGAGGAGGACAAAAUUGAAGUAAUUGCUGACAAGUGUACAUUUCAAAAUAUGAAAAAAGAUGCACCGAGGAAGCAUCUCCUGGACGCCUUCAAGGUGGACCUAUCACAGUCGCCGUUUGUGAGAAAAGGUAAAGUCGGUUCAUGGAAGAGUCAGUUCACAGUAGCGCAGAAUGAUUUAUUUGAUGAAAGAUAUAAGGAAUGGAUUGGUGACAGCGGUUUUACGUUGACAGUUUAAUUGAAGCCUAUAUACAAGGCAGAAAACCCUGUCAACAAACCAUCUUCAUUGAGAGUAGCUAAUCAGGCACAAUCCUUUCAGCACGAGACAAG